UUUAUUUUUUUAAUUGAGCUUUUUUCCAUUUUGGUUCUGUUAUGACAAGUUCUACGAAUCAGGUGUAACACAUGUAUUUAUAGUUUUAAAUAGUCUACAACAGUGGUUCUCAAUCUUUUUCAGCGUACGGCCCCCUUUGUGUAUGGUGCAUUCCUUCGCUGCCCCCCCCAAAGAAAAUUUAUGACAAAAACAGUUCUAAAACUUCACAUUUUAAUUAAACAAAACAUUAAAUUAUCCAAAGUAGUGCUGCCUUAUUUUUUUUAGGUUUAAUUUCACAGAAUUCAUGAUAAAUUCAUGUGUUUUAUAAAAUUUCAUAAAACUGGGGCCCCCCUGGCACCAUCUUGCGGCCCCCCUGGGGGCCCCAGACCCCAAUUUGAGAACCACUGGUCUACAAAACAGCAAUUCACCGUACAGGUGCCAAAUGCAUUAACUUUGAACUUUGACCAGCCUUGAAAAAUAAAACUAACCUGUAAGACUAGUCUAACAGCUAAACAGUCGUCGACAGAUCUGUCUGCCUGAAACUGAAACCAUAGCUUUCUACACAUUUACAUGUUUUUUUUUUUUACUUUUUAAAUAGUUUCAAUUGGCGGCUACCGAAAAAGGUAAUAUAGAUAAGCAUAGGACGAAAACGUCGUACGUAAACGCCUGUUGAAAUAUUUUGUCUGUGGAAAAUUAUGGAUAAAAAAGUACGCGGGACAUUGGGUCAAGUUCAUGGUAUCCCAUUACUUGAGUGUAUUGUGAAACAAUGGACAAAAGUGGAAAAUUUCCAAGCAUCGAAAGAGGAUUUGCUUAUUGCCACCUAUCCAAAAUCAGGAACUACCUGGUUACAGGAAGUAGUGGACCAAAUUUUAAAUGUUGGAGAUGCAGAAAAGUGCAAACGCGCUCCCACUCAUGUGCGAAUGCCUUUUAUAGAGAUGGCCCCUACAGAAGGUGUACCCUUUGACGGUGUAAGUAUUCUAGACACCAUGGAUCCCCCACGUGUAAUCAAAACUCAUCUUCCUAUCCAACUUGUGCCUCAGUCUUUCUGGGAGGCUGGUUGCAAGGUUAUAUAUAUGGCCCGUAAUCCCAAAGACACUGUGGUUUCAUAUUAUCAUUUUAGUCGCAUGAGUAUGAACCAGCCAGAGCCUGGCUCUUGGCAACAAUUUCUGGAGAAGUUCAUGGCAGCCCAAUUGGGUUGGGGAUCUUGGCAUGACCAUGUUAAAGGAUACUGGAGGGAAAGGCAUAACAAGAGAAUCCUUUACGUAUUCUUCGAAGACAUGAAAGAGGACCCUCUUCGUGAGGUGAAACGCAUUGCUGUAUUUCUUGAACGACAGUUAUCAGAAAGUGCAAUAGAUCGCAUUGUACAAAUGACAAAAUUUUCUGCUAUGCGGGAGAACCCCAUGGCAAACUACUCAACUAUCCCAGACACAGUUUUUGAUCGUACAUCCUCAGAUUUUAUGAGAAAAGGUGAGGUCGGUGACUGGAAGAAUCAUUUCAGUGCAGAAGAAGAUGCUGUUUUUGAGGAUCAGUAUCACAAACUGAUGGCUGACUGUCCUAUUCCAAUACGAUUCACAAUAUGAAUGACUUAUCUAAAAUAAAGAAUUUAUUUCUUAGACCAGAAAACAUUAAGUAAUGUUUCAAACAGUAAAUAUCAGAAUAAACAAACAAAUGUAAAAAAUC